GCGCAGCCCCGCCGGAGGGGCUCGACCCUGGCUGGUGCCUGUCCGCCCCCUCCGGGACGCGGGGACCCACCGGGCGGGUGUCGGGGAGCGGGCAGCGCCAUGCGCCCCUCCGAGGAGUGAAGGGGCGUCCGGGCUGCUCCGGUGCGGGCGCGGAGCCGCCGCGGAGGUGGCCCGAGGUGACGGGAGGCCGGGAGAGGUAGCGCUGCCACCAAGGGUCAUCUACAACGUGUCUCUCCAGAAAGACUCCACAAUGAAAAAAACAACCCAGAGUUUCCUCUUACUCAUCAUCCUUCUAAUUAGAAUUGUUCCAAGUCUUUCUUCUACUGUAAAUUAUACUGAUCCUACAUUAGAGCCUGUAGUAACUGAAAAUUCAGUCAUACGACAGAAGAUCAUAGAUUCACAGUUCAAAUGCUAUGAGAGGAUGAACAGAGCUCCUCCAUACAAGAAAAAAGGUCUGUUCUGCAACCGAACAUGGGAUGGCUGGUUGUGCUGGGAUGACACACCUGCUGGAAGGCUCACUGCUCAGAAUUGUCCAGAUUAUUUUCCRGACUUUGAUCCAACUGAGAGGGCUUCAAAAUAUUGUGAUGAAACUGGAAAUUGGUUCCGCCAUCCUGAGAGCAACCGAACAUGGUCCAACUACACCCUGUGCAACUCUUUCACCUCUGAAAAACUGAAGAUGGCGUUCAUACUUUAUUAUAUGGCGAUCGUUGGCCAUGCUUUGUCUAUAACAUCCCUGUUGAUUUCCUUGGCAAUUUUCUUCUAUUUCAAGAGCCUCAGCUGUCAAAGGAUAACACUGCAUAAGAAUUUGUUUUUUUCCUAUGUGCUGAACUCCAUGUUUACAAUUGCUCACCUCAUUGUUGUCGUCCCUAACCCGGGCCUUGUAAAAAGGGAUCCUGUAAGCUGCAAAGUGCUGCAAUUCUUUCAUCAGUACAUGCUGGGCUGCAACUACUUCUGGAUGCUGUGCGAAGGCAUUUAUCUUCACACGCUGAUCGUGGUGGCGGUGUUUGCUGAAGAGCAGCGCUUGCACUGGUAUUACCUCUUGGGCUGGGGGUUCCCUUUAGUGCCAGCAUCCAUUCAUGCUGUUGCAAGAGCCAGGUACUUCAAUGACAACUGCUGGAUGAGUGUYGACACACAUUUGCUUUACAUUGUUCAUGGACCUGUAAUGGCAGCUUUAUUGGUCAAUUUUUUCUUUUUGCUUAACAUUGUCCGAGUUUUGGUGACAAAGCUGAGAGACACCCACCGUGCUGAGUCCAACAUGUAUAUGAAAGCUGUCAGAGCCACGUUAAUCCUGGUGCCCUUAUUAGGAAUUCAGUUUGUUAUUAUUCCCUGGAGACCAGAAAACCGACUUGCUGGAGAAAUAUAUGAUUACAUCAUGCACAUAUUAAUGCAUUACCAGGGCUUACUCGUGGCUACUAUAUUCUGCUUCUUCAAUGGUGAGGUGCAGGGAGCUUUGAAGAGGCAGUGGACGCAGUACAAAACCCAGUGGGGCCAAAGGCGCCGUGAGCACUGCUCCACACGAUCUACCUCCUACACGGCCACRUCCAUCACAGAGGUCCCCGUUUACCUGUACCAUCACGAUGCCAACAAUGAACAGUUAAAUGGAAGAUACCUGGAGGACUCUGAACUCGUUGCAUUAAAGUCUGGAGAGACAUCUGCCUAGCUCAGCACCMGCCAUUACAAACACAUCGUUUCAUGUUCUGCUUGUGAAAAGAUUGGGGAGGAGGGUGGGAGUGUGGGAAUGCAAGAUGUGGUGUCAGAGUGCAGGCCCAGGUGGGAGGACACGUCCUGCUCAAACCACAUCAGCCUCUGACAGCAGUGACGUGUGAUGCAGACCUGGAAUAGCAUUUCUUYCUGGGCACUGCAGCAGGGAAGGAACAUGGACCUGCCCACCAGGCUGUAUAAUCUCCACAUCUCUGAUACCAGCUGUGUGAAGCGACCAUCUGACAUUUGGAACAACCCCAGGGAACUGAUAGCAAAUAGGAAAGAAAGAACCAGUACGUGGCAAUCGGAAACUUGCGGCGCUUUUUGCUUUGGUACUUUCCCUUAACACCAGAUUUUAAACUGCCAGCUUUCACAAAAUGUAACUGACUUGGUGUCCUUUAUUUUUUUCCUUUUAACAAACACAAUGACCACUUAAAAGAUUUUGCACAUUGCAAGACAAAUCAAACAUACGAACAGCAGAAAGUCAUUCCAAAGUAUUGAAAUCUUGAUGCUUUCCAAAGAGUGCCCCUAAACGUUACCAUUCCCAAAGGAUAUCCCAAAAUAUUAUCAUCCCAUUAGCAGGUGCAUAAAACAAAUUAAGGUGAAAUAGUCAUUUCAUAUCAAGAUCUCAAACACCCUCAGAGAAACAGAUCAGUCCUUCAGGCUUAAUGACACAAGUCCUGAAGACAUCUCAAAAUAGACUUCAUUUAACAAUACUGGUAGGUAAAGAAUAUUUAUUUGUAGGAAAAAUUGUCACUCUAACUCUGCCCAGAAGCUCAUCAUCAAGGCACAAUUCUGUCACUCUGAAUAAACUGUGAAAUUUGUUUGGAAACUAUGGUUUUAUUUCAUAGAAAUCGUGAGAUAAAUGCUAGAUGAGUGCUUGUCUCAAUUACAAAAUUUUGAUCAUGGCAGUAAAUGCUCCUGUGAAAGAAGUGGGAAACUAAUGUCUUAGCACAGGAAGCAUCUGCUUUUAGAAUCUGUCUGCUCUCAAGUCCCUAAUCAUUAGAUAAAAUGCCAAAAGUCUUGAUAAUCUAUUUCAGUUUCUACUGAAAUUAGCAAACACAUCCCUGUCAACGUGGAUGAACAAUAAACUUUCCUCAGUGUUCAGGAAUGACUUAUGCAAUACAGUUCAGUAUAGACUUCAAAAACAGGACUCCAUUUCCUCCAUAGUGAUUUGAAACCAUUUUUAAAUAUUGUGUCUAACCAGGUUGAUUUUCCUUUCCUGACACAAGUAGACCCUAAGCUUUACCCUCAAUUGGUAGAUUUUAAAUGGAGAGACAGUGUACAUGUCUACCUACUCGAGUCAUCAGCUCAUAGGAAAGGUCCCUUCUGGGAAUGAGUUCACAAGGGAUAGCUGUAAACCCAGCCCUAUGACAGGGGACCCAAUUCCCACUAUUCACACGAGGCAAUGCCUUGCAGGGAAGGAGGCUGCUCUGUUUUCACCACCAGCACACACAUCAGCUGUGCACCAUGGACACAUUGACCCCAGGGCGAGGAGG